AUGCUCCUCGCCGCGACGCAGCCUUCGGUGGCCGUGAGCGGCUUUGAGCGCAGGACUGUCAGGGACAUCGGCAAGCACUCGAAGCUCCAGGGACGAAGCGCCAACCUGUCCCCCCUCGAGCUCGCCAGGCGACAGAACAAGAAGGUCUCGCCCCUCUGCCAGGAACCGAGCGUCAGGAAGGAGUGGUUCUCCCUCACCGAACAAGAGAGGCAGGACUGGCUGCAAUCUUUCAAGCGGUUGACCAUGCCGGGAAACAGCGUCUUGCUGCAGGGAGGCUCGGUCAUCGAUGACUUUGUCGCGGGGCACAUCUAUCUCAACCAAAAAUUACACUUCAACGGUGGCUUCUUGCCUUGGCACUGUGCCCUCCUGAACAUAUUUAACAAGUACAUGAGGCUCACCGGCUACAAAGGACCGGAGGUCUACAUCGAUGUCUUCAGCUUGAUCGACGGAAAAUACCUGCCGGCUUCGGACGCCUUUGGUGCGCAGAACUUUGGCGGAGACGGGAAGGGCGGUAGCAUCCCCGACGGCAUCUUCGCCAAAAUGCGGGGCAACAUUUCCGCAUCUUCUCAAGACAUCAACAAGCCCAUCUACUUCCCCGUGGAUAUCACUAGGAACUUCCAGAAGGACUGGCUGCCGCACAGCGAUGGCACGCCUGGUGCGACGAUGGUCACCACCGAGAUUCUCGACGACAUCUUCAAGCACUGCGACUACGAGACUUACCGACCCCUGCUCGAACAGCUGCCGCACGGCAGCGUCCAUGCGGGCAUCGCCGGCACCAUGUCCCUUGGAAGUUCGCCCAACGACGCCUUCUUUUGGGUGCUGCACGGAACCAUGGACUGGGUCUGGCGCAGCCUACAGGAAUACUGCGGCGGCAACUACUACGACUAUUCCGGACCCAGGCUGCAAGUGGCAUGGAACGGCGAGGGCCCAGGCAAGAACGGUCCCAGAGUCUCGCUCGACGACAAGAUCGACUUUGUGGGCCUCGUCACCCCGAUCACGGUCCGCGACGUCAUGCAUCCCCGGGAGGGCAUCAACUGCUACACCUACGACAGCCUUUACGUCCCGGGCGGUGGUCAAAAGGGCGGCCAGGGCGGUGCCCAGCAGGGCGGUCAGGGCGGUACUCAGCAGGGCGGUCAGGGCGGUACUCAGCAGGGCGGUCAGGCCGGCAACAACAAGAACAGCGGCCCGCAGCAGCAGCAACAGCCGCAGCCGCAACAGGGAGGCAAUGCGGGCAAAGAACGCGACCCUGGUGGAGACAACGGGGGCGACGACUGGCCUGGCUUUGGUGGUGACGACGACGACAACAGCGGCGACGACGACGGCAGCGGCGACGACGACGGCAGCGGCGACGACGACGGCAGCGGCGACGACGACGACUAUGGCGGCGACAGCUGGUGA